ACAACGGACGGGCAGAGGAGCCAGGGGGGUGCUUCUCGCUCCGUGGGAGGAAGGGACGAUUUACGUUCCCUGUCCAGUAGCAAAAGGCGAUGGAUACCUCCUUCUAGCUUGAGACGAGAUGCACAUACCCCAGACAACAAAUAUGACCUUACUUUCAGAAAGGUUCGAGGAAUACUCAACAAACUCACUCCAGAGAAGUUCCAUAAGCUAAGUAAUGACAUCCUAAAUGUAGGGCUAGAUUCCACCACACUUCUCAAAGGGGUCAUUUUACUGAUCUUCGAGAAGGCCCUUGAUGAACCCAAGUAUUGUUCUAUGUAUGCACAGCUGUGCAAACGGCUGUCAGAAGAGGCUCCAAACUUUGAUCCACCAGACGGACCUUGUACUUUUAACCGCCUACUUUUAAGCAAGUGCCAGGAUGAAUUUGAGCGGCGGCGACGCGCCUCGGAGAUAUGGGAUGGGUCGGAGGGAUCCGCCCUCUCAGCAGAACAAGAGGAGGAGCGAGCAGCAGCCAAACGGAAAAUGGUGGGCAACCUCCGCUUCAUUGGCGAACUGGGGAAGCUGGAGAUUAUUCAUGAGUCCAUUCUCCACCGUUGCAUCCAGCAGUUGUUGGAGAAGCGUAGGAGUAGACCAAUGGUUGACUUGGCUGAGGAUCUGGAGUGUUUGUGCCAGAUAAUGAAAACUUGUGGAAAGGUGCUGGACAAGCCCAAAGCUAAGAACUUGAUGGACCAGUACUUCGAGCGCAUGUACCAGUUGAGCAGUAACAUGGAGCUUCUAUCAAGAGUUCGCUUUAUGCUGCAAGACGUGCUGGAUUUGCGCGCUGCCAACUGGGUGCCUCGCAAGGUAGCCCAGGUGGAUGGCCCACGCACCAUUCGCCAGGUGCGUGAAGAGGCAGCACAUGACUUGGGUGUCUACAUCCCGCCACCGUCUUCCCAUGGACCACCACGCUCCUCCGGACCAAUCUCUCCUUUGGCUGGAGUCUCGUCCUUUUUCCCUCAGCCUGGAGGUAAUCGAACGGGAAUGGAAGACGUAUUUAUGGGUGCAGUAACUCUUGGCACGGGCCCAGGGGUGAUUUCAUCUCAACCGGACAAGUAUGGAUAUGACUCAAAUGGAUUUGGGGGUGGAGUUAGUGGUGGAGGGAGUUACAGGCCACGACAACAGCAAGGGGUAAGAUUUUUCUCCCUCACUUUUCCCUCACACCUUGCAAUACUUCAGAUUUUUGCUUACUUAGAUGUCUAUUAUUUAAAUAAUCUUAUUGUAACUUUAAUCAACUCUGCAGAGAGCAAUAGGGAGCUGGGCAGUCAACUUUUGGAGAAACUUCGCAGUGAAGGACUUAUGAAUGUUGACCGUCUAUUUGAUGGAGUCAAGCAAGUGCUAGGUCAACUGGAUGAUCUAGUAAAUGAUGUCCCAAGAGUGAAGUCUCACAUGGCUGGAAUUCUGGGUCACUUGAUUGCAUCAGGCACCCUACCCUUGGCAGAUGUUGCAGAACCUCUCGAGGGUGGGCAGCACUUCCCACUUUUCCUGCUCAUUCUUCAGACUCUGCACAAACUUUUGGGAAAAUCUAAUCUCACACAAACCUUUAAUGAGAGCAAGGUAGUGUAUUUUGUUGUACAAUUUUCUAUUUUAAACAGAUCUAAGAGCAAUAGGGAGCUGGGCAGUCAACUUUUGGAGAAACUUCGCAGUGAAGGACUUAUGAAUGUUGACCGUCUAUUUGAUGGAGUCAAGCAAGUGCUAGGUCAACUGGAUGAUCUAGUAAAUGAUGUCCCAAGAGUGAAGUCUCACAUGGCUGGAAUUCUGGGUCACUUGAUUGCAUCAGGCACCCUACCCUUGGCAGAUGUUGCAGAACCUCUCGAGGGUGGGCAGCACUUCCCACUUUUCCUGCUCAUUCUUCAGACUCUGCACAAACUUUUGGGAAAAUCUAAUCUCACACAAACCUUUAAUGAGAGCAAGGUUAAUCUCUUGAACCUGCUGCCGGAAUCUGAUCGUACCAAGGAAAAGCUAGCAGACCUUCUGGAAGACCGUGAACUCUCCUUCCUUUUCCCGUUGUUGCGGAUUCAGUCGGAUCUCUGGCGAGCUCUUGUUGCAGACCCAACCCCACACGCAUUCUACAAGUACAUCAAGGACACUUUGGAUCCAGAACACCACACUGCACCUGGAUUCAUCAAUGCCUUAAUGACUGUCCUUGUGAAAUACAUUGUGCAGGAAACUACUCUGGCUGCUGGUGCUGACCCAACUACCAUCCCUGAAAAGAUGGUCACCGAGCGUGAACAGGAACUCUUGGCGAAAUUCAAGCCAGUGUUGCAGGCUUUCCUUCAUGACCAUUUACCACUGCAGGUUACUGCUAUUUAUGCCUUGCAGGUCUUCACAUACACAAACAACUUCCCAAAAGGUAUGCUGUUGCGUUGGUUUGUGAACCUGUAUGACCUUGAGAUAGUAGAAGAGGAUGCCUUCCUGACCUGGAAAGAGGAUCUGAGCCAAGAUUAUCCAGGCAAGGGCAAAGCCCUCUUCCAAGUUAAUCAGUGGCUUACCUGGCUACAGGAGACAGAAGAGGAUGAUGAGGAAGAUGAUGGAGAUGCUUAACAAUGGAGAUUUUAAGAUAUGAACAAAGGAGACGUUAGUGAAGUUCAGAAGAGAUGUGCAACGAGAGAUAGACAGACUAAUGGAUUAGAUAGACACAGGAUAAUCCCAGUAUUUGCAAAUGAUAAGCCAAGAAUUGAUAUUUGCGAGUCCUUGCUCUGAGGAGACUGUCCAGUUUCUGAUGCUUCAUGAGUAUUUAAAUCAUUAUCUCCAGUUACUACUGCUGCGUGUGCCUGUAGAGGCAGAGACGGCCAGAACUCCUGGGAACAAGGCUUUAAUAGUGCUGUGGAGAGGUAAUGUUUGGCAAGAUGAAGUUGGUUUUUGAAAGAAGAACAAUAGGAAAAAUGAGCUUAAGCCAAUUAUGGCACAUAAUUGCAAUAUUGGCUGACACCAAAGUGUUCUCAACACAACCAUUUUUUAUGCGGAUAAAAAAAAAGUAAUGUGAAAAAAACGCUUAUAAAAAAAGAAAAGGAAAAAGAUCGUAUAAAACGGAAAUGCCUUAGUGUUGUAUGAACUUUCCUUAUAAUAUCUUAUUAUAAUCCCCUGUUUUUUGCUUCUCAGACUUGAGCUGUGUCAACACUAGGUGUUAAUGGUAACAUAUUAGCCAGCACUUGAAUAUUUAACUCUGAUUUUAACCCCUUUUGUGACAGUGUUAUUUUAGGUACUUGAGAGCUUUAUUUUCUUUUCUUUUUCAUAUUUUUUACCUUUGCCUUGUUAUAGAUUUAUUAGAUCAAUUUAAACUGGAUGGAUGGAGGUGACAUCUCUUAUUUAUGAGAAUGCAGUGCAAGUUGGUUGAUUCUUUUUGUACUCAACACUAAGUACGAGUGUUUGUGUGUAUGGGCAGUUUUUUAUCAAGAGUUUUUCCAAUUAGGAGUGUUCUUUUGGUUUCAUAUUGGGUCUUCAACCUAUUUCUAGGGACAAAUCCAAAUUGUGCAGUUUUAUUAACAAUCCCACCUUUAGGGAUAAACAUGUUUUCAACACUUUAGGCAUAGAUUGACUUGAGUAAAUCAUUCCAUAAUGAGUAGCCAUGGAGUUUGGAUGUCCUUUUUCACUACUUCGCUGUCAUUGUAUGCGGCUAUAGCACAUUUGUCGCACUGACCAAUAAACAUCACUCAAAUA